AUGAGCCGGGCGGAGCUCCCGUGGAGGGAAAUGGUGCUCUGCGCCAACCCCGAGCUCGCGGCGAUCCAGGCAAAGCAGCGGGAAUUAGACGCCCAGGGGCCGCCUAUGGGCGCCGCUGAGGGCCAGGGGCGGCCAGAGGCGCCGAGGCUGGCGCCAGCCCCCAAGCCGAGCGUGCCGGCGGAGCCAGGGGCGGCCGGAGGCGCCGAGGCUGGCGCCAGCCCCCAAGCCGAGCGUGCCGGCGGAGCCAGGGCUGGCAAGCGCUGCGGCCGGGCCGAGGCCAGCGGACACGGCGGCGGAGACGGGGCAGAUGGACGCGACGGCGGUGCCGGAACUGGCGGACACGGCGGCAGAGCCGGAACCGGUGGAUGCGAUGUCCUUGCUAGGACCGACGGAUGCGGCGGCCGAGAGGGUGCCGGCAGAAGCGGUGGCUGA